UCCUCGUCUCUCCUCUCCUGCCCGCAGGAAGACCGUGCAACCGUAUGUCUGCGGAGAUGCGCACCACCGCGAGGCCACGCUGCGCUCUGUGCGGCGCGAGGGCGGACGUGCACUGCCAGGCCGACGCCGCGUUCCUCUGCGCGCCGUGCGACGCCGAGGUGCACGGCGCCAACCUCCUCGCGUCCCGCCACCGCCGCACGCGCAUCCCGCCGCGCAACGACGCCCGCGUUUCGGCCAGGCGGAUGGGCCUGGAGGACGCGGGGGCUGCGCGCCUGCGUCCCGCGGCAGCCAACGACGUUCGCGCGCGCUGCGGGUCGACGCUCCAGGUUUGGGCCCGGCGGAUGGGCCUGGAUGCGGGGGCUGCAUGCGUGUGUGCCGCCGCAGCUGGCCGCACGGUCUGGGUCGACUUCGCCGCCGUGGCGCCACGCAUACCGCUGCGCGUCGCCAUGGCUGCCUCGCUGUGGAGGGAGGUGGCGGCUCACGCCGCCGGCCAUGAGCCUGGCUACGCGCUCCAGCGCCUGGUAGCGCAGACGUGCCGGCGAGUUUGCUUGUGGAGGCGGCGGCGUUGAUCGGGCGCACGCGCCAAUUAACAAGGACGGACACACAGGCGGACUCCGUCGAGUGGUCGAUGGUGAGCCCACACAACUCACAGCAGGAGC